GAAGAGAACGACCAUAUAUAUAUACAACCCUAGAGUGAGGAGUGCCUAUCACUCCUGCCACUCUUCCUGAGGCACAAAAGGAUUCUGGCUGGACAUAGAGAUGGAUCCACUGACUGCAAUCGUUUUCCUGGCUGCUUUGCUACACCAAUCUGAUGGAGAGCUUUUUCAGUAUAGCAAAAAUAUGCAGUAUCAACAAGUGGGCGAUUUCUCUUUUCACAACGAAAAGCUGAUCCUUGACCAACACAAUGAAAUACGGAGAUCUGUAUUCCCCACGCCCAGGAACAUGCUGAAGAUGGUGUGGAGUGAUAAAGCUGCCAAAGGUGCUCAGAAAUGGGCAAAUAAAUGUGGGAUGAAAAUCAGUCCAAGAGAACAGAGAGUCUUUAAUGGUGUCACCUGCGGUGAGAAUGUAUUGCUGUCAACUUACCCAAGAACAUGGGCUGAAGCAAUUCAAGUCUGGUACAGUCAGUCCUCCAAUUUCAAGUAUGGAUUUGGAGCAAUUUCGAAAAAUGUCAAUAUCGAGAGCUAUACUCAGAUGAUCUGGUACAACAGCUACCUGCUUGGAUGUGCAGUUGCCUACUGUCCUAAGAACCAGUUCAACUACUUCUAUGUUUGCCGAUACUGUCCUCCAGGAAAUAAAGCAGUGCAAAUUGCGACGCCUUACAGAAGCGGACCGAAAUGUGCAGACUGUCCCGGCCACUGUGACAGAGGGCUUUGCACUAAUCCUUGCAAGCAUCAAGACUUCUUUGGAAACUGCAGAAAUCUGAAAAUCUUGUUUGGCUGUAACCAUUCAUUGGUGAGGGAGAAGUGUCCUGCUACCUGCAGAUGCACCACUCAAAUCAUGUAAUGUCCUGGUGGAUGUGAUUAUAGCUGCUGUGAGACUGAUUAGGAAAGAGUAGACCUCACUGUGACGUGUAUCCACUCUCGGUGCAUCAGCUCAGAUUGACCUACUGAACUUUUUUCUGAAAUCUCACCAUUACUUCAGUCCUAAAUAAGUCUAGUAGCUCAGAAUAACCUCUGAUGUUAUUUAGACUUUGUAGAAAUAAUGCUUAAGCUACUAAUGGGUUACUUUGUGGUUUUCCUUGCAGUGGAACUUCCACUGAAUCGUUACUUUUUAGUGGAAAACACACUUUUGAAAGACUUCAGGUUUUUUGCAAAGUAUGUUAAAUGC